GUUAAAAGUUUUCUCCUUUUAGAAAGAGACCAACUCCUUCUAUCCCGCGAUUCUCACAGCGGGUGUCGAUGUCACAUUGGAUGGAAAGGUUUUCCAUUUUCUUUGUGUGUCCAUAAUCUUCUCCCCCGCAUUUUAAUUUAUUCUUAUCGAUAAACUUUCCUUUUUCUUACACCUUUUUCUUUUUUAUUCUGAAUAAUUGCAUUUAAUCCUUUUUCUUCUGUACACCCCACUCUGACGAUACUCUUUUUCUUUUAAUCCUAAUGUUGGCUACUCGCUCAAUCUUACGAACAGUUGCUCAAAACCCUGUUGCUUUUAGGAACUCUAUUGCUACUGUACACUCCUACGGUGUGAGACAUUUUAACGCUACACCAAGAAGAGACGAACAAUGUGCCGCUGCAGAAUCCGAGCUCUUACGUGAGCAACGUAAGCGUAGACCAGUUUCACCACAUUUGCAAAUCUAUCAACCACAACUUACUUGGUAUAUGUCCGGAGCGCACAGAGUGACUGGUGCUGCCCUUGGUGGAUUAUUUUACUUAAGCGCUAUGGCCUACGUUGCUGCACCUGCAUUUGGUGUUACCAUUGACACCGCUAGCAUCAUUUCGUCAGUAGCUGCUGCACCUUUUGCUGCCAAAUUCGCCGCAAAGACUAUUGUUGGCUUCCCUUUCGUUUUCCAUUGUCUCAAUGGUAUUAGACACUUGGUCUGGGAUGCCACAAAGAUGUUGGAUAUCAAGGAUGUGUAUAGAAGUGGUUAUGCUGUUUUGGGUGCAACCGCUGUUGGAACUAUAGCCCUUGCUGCUAUGUAGACACGAUAUAUCAUUUGUUGCAUUUUACCUUUCUACGUGAAUAGUAUACUUAAUAUUUUAUCAAUAAAUACAGAGACAAAAUUUGGCUAUUAUACCUUCAUAACAAACGUAAAAAGAUUGUGUUGCCAAUUCAACAGGGUUUCCGCACAGAAAGAACACAAUCAAA